AUGUCAUAUAGAUCAAAUAGACCAACAGAUAGACGUGAUAAAAGAGAUCAUCGUGGUGGAGAUAGAUCAGAUCAUAAAAAGAAAGAUGCUACUACCGAUUCAUACGAAACAUCUGGUGCAAAGAAUAUCAUAGAGGUUUGUCCUACUUUUGAAUCGAUGCAUCUUAAAGAUGACUUGCUAAGAGGUAUAUUUGGAUUCGGUUUCGAGAAACCAUCUGCUAUUCAACAACGUGCCAUUCUACCAAUUAUUAAAGGUCACGAUACAAUUGCACAAGCACAAUCAGGUACUGGAAAGACUGCCACCUUUUCAAUUGGUGCAUUGCAAUCGAUCGAUGUCUCUGUAAAGUCGCCACAAGUACUGAUUCUCUCACCGACUCGUGAGUUGGCACAACAGAUUCAAAAGGUGCUGAUGGCACUAGGUGGAUUCAUGAGUGUACAAGUGCAUGCAUUUGUCGGACAAAAGACAAUUGCCGAGGAUCUACGUCGUUUGGAGGCCGGUGUGCACAUCGUCUCGGGAACACCGGGUCGUGUACUCGACUUGAUCAGUCGUAAGGCACUGGCAACUCGCCACAUCAAGAUGCUCAUACUCGACGAAGCCGAUGAGAUGCUCGGUCUCGGAUUCCAACAGCAGAUCAACGAUGUCUAUCGUUACUUGCCACCCGCCACUCAGAUCGUGUUGGUGUCAGCCACUCUUACACAGGACGUAAUCAACAUGACCGAGAAAUUCAUGACCGAUCCAGUACGUAUUCUCUUGAAGCGUGAUGAGUUGACACUCGAAGGAAUCAAGCAGUUCUUUGUAUCGGUAGAGAAGGAAGAAUGGAAGUUUGGAACACUCUGUGACAUCUACGACUCACUCACCAUCACACAAGCCGUCAUCUUUUGUAACACUAAACAAAAGGUUAACAUUUUGACAGACAAGAUGCGUGAAGCAAACUUUACAGUAGCAUCGAUGCAUGGUGACAUGGAACAAAAAGAACGUGAAGAAAUUAUAAAGUCAUUUAGAUCAGGUGAAAAUCGUGUAUUAAUUACAACAGAUAUUUUAGCAAGAGGUAUAGAUGUACAACAGGUAUCAUUGGUUAUUAAUUACGACUUGCCAAAUGAUCGUGAGAACUACAUUCACAGAAUCGGUAGAUCUGGUCGUUUCGGUCGUAAAGGUGUUGCUAUCAAUUUUGUAAAGAGCAGUGAUAUAAGAAUUCUAAGAGAUAUUGAACAAUUUUAUUCUACUCAAAUAGAUGAAAUGCCAUUAAUAUUCCAAUUAAUAAAUGAAAUCGGAGAUUUAACAACUGAAGUAUAUAGAUGGCCCACAUUGAUAAAGCUCCCAAAACAAUUAAUUGGCUAUGGUUAUGUAGACCAGUUGAAAGAUUAUCUUGAUUAUUAUCAAAGCGAAGAUAGAUCUAUUGCCUCUAAUUCAAUCGACAUGAUCAUGACCAGAUCCAUUAUUCCAAAUAUAAGGUUGGCUGUCACCAAUGGCCAUCUAUCAACCAUUGCUUAUUUAUUUACUACAUUUCCAAAGUGUGUACAACCUAAACAUAUUAUAUGUGCUGUCAAUAGUGGACAUUUGGAAUUGGUUAAAUAUUUUCUGGGAUUCAAAGAAACUGAACUCUACUUGGAAGAGUGCAUUCGUAUCUCUGCUGCCAGUGGUCAUCUUGAAUUUAUUAAACUGUUUUUUCUGCAUUUUCCUGGAUACAAGAUGUCAACAAAUACCUUUUCAAUUGUUUUGUCGAGUGGCAAUAUAGAUGUAGUCAAAUAUGUUUUGGAUUCUGGGCGAGCUAUUUUGGAUUAUGAAUUGCUAUUUUAUCCUAUCUACAAAGGUCAUCUAGAAAUAUUGGAACUUUUGCUACCACACUUUUCAAAUAUUAAUAGUGAAACAAUAGAGUUUAUUGCCAAGAAUGGAAGGAUUGAUUUAUUAAAGGAAUAUCUUGGAAAUAAUAGAAUAGAGAAUACAACAUUAUCGAUUGACCAUGUUUCACAAAAUGGACAAUUGGAUACAGUUGUUUGGUUGUAUGAGAAUAGUAAAUAUUUUUCUUUAGAGAUAAAGCUGUCACCGAAUGCUUUGGAUUUGGCAGCAGAAAAAGGUCAUUUAGAUUUGGUUAAAUAUCUACACUUUAAUAGAUCAGCAAAUUGUACUAGUAAAGCCAUGGAUUCUGCUGCAAAAAAUGGAUUUAUUCAAAUUGUAGAGUUUCUUCAUAGCAAUAGAACGGAGGGCUGUACUGUUGCUGGAAUAGACAAUGCUUCAAACGAUGGCAGACUCAAAGUUGUAAAGUUCUUGCAUUUCAAUCGCAGUGAGGGUUGUAGCUCCAAAGCUUUGGACUUUGCUUUUCGAUCUGGCCAUUUACCAAUCAUUAAAUUCCUUCAUAAACAUAGAACCGAAGGAUACAAGCCAACUACUUUAUCUAAAACAAUUAGCAAUGGUCAUUUCGAAGCUGUUAAAUUCUUUUUUGACAAUAUUCCAAACCCUAUGAUUCAUGACCCAUCCAAUGACUAUGUAAAGAGGGCUUUAGAAGGAAACCAUAUAGAUAUUGCAGAAUAUUUAUUAUCGAAAGGUGUAAUUUAUACAACUAGCAGUAUGGAUAUAAAUAUUCUUAUCUAUAAAGGAUACAUUGAAGGUAUAAGAUUCCUUUAUAGAUACAAUAUUUUGAAUGGAUUCACUUCACUCGCAAUUGAUACUGCUGUUAUCAAAGGUGAUUUACAAACAAUUAAAUUCCUUUUUCCAAUUGUUGGAUCUACCAAUGUUGGAUUGAAACCUUUACUCAAUGCAGUCAAACAAAAACAUUUGGAAAUAUUCAAGUAUCUCUAUGAAUCAACAACUCUAUCUGCUCAAGAUAUUCGUAGUCUUGCCAUUGAUGUUUGCCAAAAGAAUUGCUUUCCUAUUAUGAGGUAUCUUUUCCCGAAACAUCCCUCAAUACUAGACCACAUUCCAUCGAACCUACUACUAAGUGCAAAUCAACAUAUUACUCUUGGAGAAAUUCAACUUUUUCAUCAACUUGCUUUUAAACGAUUCUCUAAAUUCACCUUGGACCGAGUGGUUCAAGAUGGUAACUAUGAAGUUACAAAAUUCCUUAUAAACAAUCGAACUGAAAGAUGUACACCCUCUGCUCUUGAAUAUGCUAUAAAUUUAAAUAGAUUGGAUAUAUUUCAACUUUUAGUAGAAGCAUAUCCAGAUUUAUUUAAUUUCAUGUACAUUGGCAAUCUUUGUUGUCAAAAAGGUAGAUUAAACAUGCUUAAAUACCUUCACUACCAAGGAUUCAAUGAUUCCAUUAAUUCCAAUUGCCUCAAAACUGCAACUCACUUGUAUAGAUAUGAUAUUGUAGUAUUCAUUUGUGAGAAUAGAUCCGAUGUUCAAAUAACAGAUGCAUUAUAUAUGGCCAACUCUAUUAAUCAUAAAGAGAUUGCAACCUAUUUAUUAGGAAAACAAAUCAAUCAGACAUUAAAAAUAAAUGUUUAA